AUGUCCGACCUGGUGCAAGAGAUCGCCGAUGUGCCUCGGGAGUUUUUCAAGGAUGGCACACAAUUUAUUCACAGAUGCACAAAGCCCGACCGAAGAGAAUUCAUCAAGAUCUCCCAAGCCGUCGGCAUGGGCUUUUUGAUCAUGGGCGCCAUCGGAUACUUUAUCAAACUGAUACAUAUCCCCGUCAACAAUGUGUUGGUGGGAUAA